CCUAGAGCCUGAGGAAAUAAAACGAAUAGGUGUUUCCGGAAGAGCCCUUCGGAGGCGACUUGAAAUAGUCGAAGAAUCGGAGUCUUUCCAGGGACCCACACUGAGGCCUAGGCGAGCCAAGACUCCCUCCGGCCCCGGAAUUUGGUACGCUCCACGCCGGGUGACGCACUUCCGCUUCCGGUGCUUCGCGCAGACCCGUCAUGGCCUCCAUGGGGGCGAGUCGCCGCGGUGCUGCGUCUCAGCGGCCGCCGCAGGCCCGCUCCUCGCGACAGGACAAGUAUUCGGUCCUUCUGCCCACCUACAACGAGCGCGAGAACCUGCCGCUCAUCGUGUGGCUGCUGGUGAAGAGCUUCUCCGAGAGUGCAAUCAACUAUGAAAUUAUAAUCAUAGAUGAUGGAAGCCCAGAUGGGACAAGAGAAGUUGCUGAACAGCUGGAAAAGAUCUAUGGGCCAGACAGAAUUCUCCUAAGACCACGGGAGAAGAAGCUGGGCCUCGGAACUGCCUAUAUUCAUGGAAUAAAGCAUGCCACAGGAAACUAUGUCAUCAUUAUGGAUGCUGACCUCUCACACCAUCCCAAAUUUAUUCCUGAAUUUAUCAGGAAACAAAAGGAGGGUAAUUUUGAUAUUGUCUCUGGAACGCGCUACAAAGGAAAUGGGGGUGUUUACGGCUGGGAUUUGAAAAGAAAGCUAAUCAGCCGUGGGGCCAAUUUUAUAACUCAGGUUUUGCUGAGACCAGGAGCGUCAGACUUAACAGGAAGCUUCAGAUUAUACCGAAAAGAAGUUCUACAGAAAUUAAUAGAAAAAUGUGUCUCCAAAGGAUAUGUCUUUCAGAUGGAGAUGAUCGUUCGAGCAAGACAGUUGAAUUACACCAUCGGUGAGGUUCCAAUAUCAUUUGUGGAUCGAGUUUACGGUGAAUCCAAGUUGGGAGGAAAUGAAAUAGUCUCUUUCCUGAAAGGAUUAUUGACUCUCUUUGCUACGACAUAAAAGAAACUAUUCACUUAUAAGUUCUGUGUUCAUUUCAAUUAAACGAAAGAGAAGCCCAAGUCACUGAUUUUUAUCAAUGUUCUUUUAACACAUGAGCCAAAGGUAAGGUGCAUUUCCUACGGAUCAUUUCUCUGGAGAAACUCCAUUUUAUAUUUCAAGUUAAAAUUUAAAGCUAUUGGUUUAAUGAGCAGUGUUCUCAAUUUUCAUGUACAUUGUGCUGUAUUAAGACCUAUAAAUAAAUGUAUAUAGGUUUUGUGUAAAAAAAUGUUGCUGCUUUCAUCAGAUAUGAUGGUGUGGAGUUUCUAUGAAAAAGAAUAUGAAAUACUCUGUAAAACAAGGUUGAUGUUCUUUCUACCUAGAUACUAGAAAGGAAGGUUAUUACAUUUAUAGGCAGUUUAUGUAUGAACUGAAAAAAAAUAAAAUAAAAUCUCUGACCUUAAA